UAAGUAUAGGAGUGCAUACCCGGGUGAUUUUGCAGUCAUUUGCAAUAGAAAAACUCCACGCAAUCACUUUGCCGAUAAAUCAUAAAAACUUAUAACAGCAACAGCCUCAGCCUGACAGCCUAAGUCACCCCUACGUACUCGACGUAAACAAUAAGUUCACGUGUGUUACCAAUAUGGCUGUAGAAAGCAAGAAUAGUGCUUAGCACUUUUGAAGUAAGCUGUUAAAACAAAUAGUAUUAUUUUUUUACACAUCGUAGUACUGGUCAGGUGUCAAUAAGCGGAAGAAACAAAUUUCCUGUUGCGCUAAAACCACUGUCUUUGCGGCGCAAUGAGCAACAUUUACAUUCAAGAGCCACCAACAAACGGCAAGGUCCUGCUGAAGACGUCAGCAGGUGACAUUGACAUUGAACUGUGGUCCAAGGAGGCUCCUAAAGCAUGCCGAAACUUUGUGCAGCUGUGCAUGGAAGGUUACUAUGAUGGCACAUUAUUCCACCGUGUGGUGCCUGACUUCAUUGUUCAGGGGGGAGACCCCACUGGAUAUGGGACAGGUGGAGAGUCUAUUUAUGGACGGCCAUUCAAGGAUGAAUUUCACUCCCGAUUGCGAUUCAAUCGGAGAGGUUUGGUUGCCAUGGCGAAUUCUGGCCCACAUGAUAAUGGCAGUCAGUUCUUCUUCACCUUGGGACGUGCAGAUGAGCUCAAUAACAAACACACCAUCUUCGGCAAGAUCACUGGAGACACGGUUUAUAAUAUGCUCAGAUUAGCAGAAGUUGAAUGUGACAACGACGAACGACCCCUGAAUCCCCACAAGAUAAGAACUACAGAGGUGUUGCAUUCCCCUUUUGAUGACAUUAUUCCACGUGAAAUUAAAAAAGCCAAAAAGGAGAAAGACAAAGAGGAGGGAAAGAAAUCCCAGUCAAAAGCAACCAAGAACUUCAGCCUGCUGUCAUUUGGAGAGGAAGCUGAGGAAGAGGAGGAGGUGGCAAAUCAAGUCAGCCAGACGCUAAAGGGAAAGAGCAAAAGCAGCCAUGACCUGCUGAAAGAUGAUCCCAGACUGAGCUCCGUCCCAGCAGUUGACAAGAAAAAAAAGAAAGGGACACCAGGAGAUACAGAAGAGACAGAUGAGGAUGAAAGUAUCGAGCACGUGGAUGAAGAUGAGGAGUAUGACUCAGACAAGAAGGAGAAGAUGAGGGAACGCAUCUCUCAAAAGCUAACAAAAGACAAAGGGAAAGAAAAACCGCCUGAGCCCAGUGAGGAUGACCACGGGAAAAAGAGCAGUCGCAGUGAGGAAUUACGUAAAGAGGCGCGCCAGUUGAAGAAGGAGCUUCAGGCCAUAAAGCAAAGGAAAGAGGAAAGCUCAAAACUUCCAGCAGAAGAAGCCAAGGAGGGUGAUAAGAAGCCCUCCAGUGAGGCUGUGGCAGAGUAUCUGGAGGGACGAAAGAAGUAUGAGGACCUCAGGAAACAAAAGUUGAAGAAAGGUUCCAGCCGGGAACAACAGACGCUGGCUCUCCUGGAUCGCUUCAAGACCAAGCUGUCGUCAGCCAUCACUGAAGGCCCAGAGGAAGACGUAGAAGAGCUGGGAGAGGAUGAUGACAAGGGAUGGAUGGCCCAUGUCCUCCAGUUUGAUGAGCAAACCAGAAAAGUCAAGGAUGCCAACAUGCAGGACGAGGACACUUUUGAGAUCUACGAUCCACGCAACCCUGUCAAUAAACGAAGGAGAGAGGAGAGCAAGAAGAUCAUGAAGGAGAAGAAGGCCAAGAGGUGAGGUCAAGGGGGUGAAAGGUGAAGUCAUGUCCAGCCAUGUGACUGAAGAACUGGUCACACAGCUUCCUGCCUUUUCACUUUUCCCACCACUUCAAACUGGUCACCCCCUCUUUGUUGAAGAGACUCCUGUCUUCAACAUCUGGAAUGAGGAUGCUGACCUGGGUGCAUACCAUCCCUAUAAUCUGUGAUGGAAAGGCUUGUACAUUUGGAACAUUUCUACUGUAUGCAACACUGAGUUGCUUAAGAUUAUUAUCAUCAGCUUUUUGGUCAUAAUUUUGAUUUGGCUGUUUUGUAUGAUGAAAUGUUAACUUUUUGUAUUAGCUGAUAUGUUCUUUCAUUAAUUAUGUAGACAAGUUCUUAAAUGUGCAAAUGUUCCUUCUGAAUAAACUGCAUCUGGAAACAGGCUAUAA